AUGAAUAUAACCUCGAUUUAUUCUGUUCCAUUUAUUUAUUUUCUUUCUUUCUUCUUUUCUUUUUUCCUCCCUCUCCCUUUUCUUUAUCGCUUUCUUUCUUUCAUUCAUUCUUUCUUUUUUUCUAUCUUUCUGUCUUUUUAUUCUUCCUAUUUUUUCUUUUGUCUGUCUCGUUUUUCUUUUCUUCUUCUCUCUUUUUUCUCCCUCUUCUUCUCAAUUUUGUUCUUUCUUUUCCUCUUUUCAUUUCACUUUUUCUUCCUCACUUUUUCUUUACUCUCUUUGUUCUUUGUUUACAUCCCCUCUCUCUCUUUCUUUCUUUCUUUCUUUCUUUUUAUUCCUCCUCUCUUUCUUUAUUUCUUUCUUUCUUUUUUUAUUUAUUUAUUUAAUUAUUUAUUUAUCUUUAUUCCUCCUCUUUCUUUCUUUCUUUCUUUCUUUCUUUCUUUAUUUAUUUAUUUAUUUAUUUUUAUUCCUCCUCUCUUUCUUUCUUUCUUUCUUUUUAUUCCUCCUCUCUUUCUUUCUUUUUCUUUCUUUCUUUCUUUAUUUAUUUUUAUUCCUUCUCUCUUUCUUUCUUUCUUUCUUUCUUUUUUUAUUUAUUUUUAUUCCUCCUCUCUUUCUUUCUUUUUAUUCAUCCUCUCUUUUAAUUCUUUCUUUCUUUCUUUUUGUUUCUCCUCUCUUUCUUUCUUUCUUCCUUUAUUUGUAUUCCUCCUUUCUUUCUUUCUUUCUUUCUUUCUUUCUUUCUUUCUUUCUUUUUAUUCCUCCUCUCUUUCUUUCUUUCUUUCUUUCUUUCUUUCUUCUUAUUCCUCCUCUCUUUCUUUCUUUCUUUCUUUUUAUUCCUUCUCUCUUUUUUCUUUGUUUUGUCUUAUUUUUCUUUUCUUGUCCACUUUUUUCUUUACUCUCUUUUUUGUUUUAUAUCCCCUUUGUUUGUUUGUUUUUUUCUUUCUUUCUUUCUUUCUUUCUUUCUUUCUUUCUUUCUCUCUCUCUCUCUCUCCCUCUCUCUUUAUUCUCUUUCUUUCUUUCUCUCUCUUUUCUUUCUCUUUUUUUCUUUGCUUCAUCGCAUUUUUCUUUUUUUCCUCUCUCUUUUUAGUCCUUCUUCUCAUUUUUCUUUCGUUUUUCGCCUCCUUUCACUUUUUCUCCUUUCUCUUUCUUUCUUUCUUUCUUUCUUUUUUCUCUUUCUUUCUUUUUCUCUUUCUUUUUUUCUUUCUUUCUUUUUUCUUUCUUUUUUUUUUUCUUUCUUUCUUUCUUUCUUUCUUUCUUUUUCUCCCUGUCUUUCUUUCAUUCUUUCUCUUUCAUUCUAAUCUCUUUUAA